AUGUCCAAAACCAACACCAUCACGGUGACUCUCUCCGACCUGGCCAAAACAAUCGACCACUCUCUCCUCCACCCCACCCUAACUGACGCCUCUAUUAUCGCUGGUCUACACCUCGCGAAAAACUACAACGUAGCAACCGCAUGCAUCAAGCCCGCCUCUAUCGAUCUCGCCAAGAAAGUUCUGGCCGGAUCCUCGGUUCUUAUCUGCGCGGUGAUCGGUUUCCCGCACGGAAAUAGCACCACUAAUAUCAAAAUAUUAGAAGCCACGGAGAUGGUGAGAGUCGGGGCAGCUGAGAUUGAUAUGGUGGUUAAUAUUGGGAAGGUUCUGGGUGGGGACUGGGAGUAUGUUUCUGCUGAAAUCAAGGCGGUGAAUGAUGCUGUUGUAGGGGGUGGGGGUGUGUUGAAGGUGAUUUUUGAGAAUGAUUAUUUGGGCGUCGAGGAGAUAGGGAGAUUAUGUGAGAUUUGUACGCAGGUGGGGGUGGGGUUUGUCAAGACAUCCACUGGGUAUGGAUUUGUUAAGCAGGCAGAUGGGGGGUAUAAUUAUAAGGGAGCGACGGCGAGGGAUUUGAAGAUCAUGAGAGAGAAAUCUGGAGAGAGAAAGACGUUGGACGAUUUGUUGCAUGUGAUGAGUUUGGGGGUGACGAGGAUCGGGGCCACGGCUACGGUGGCGAUUUUGGACGAAACGAAGAAGCGGGGGAUUGGCAAUGAGCCGGUGGAGGUGGAGUUCAAGCCGAUGGCGGAGGAAGAGAUAGGGGCUCCACCUCUGGAGGAUCCACAGGGCCUGGCUGAUCCAUGGCAUCCGGAGCUGGCCCGUUAG